GACUACCUUCUUUAUAAGCAGCAACACCGGCCCCCAAAUGGCAGUCUCCACUGCCUCGCUGGGACCACAGGAUAGAAAUGUGCAGGGGUACCUGCAGCCACCUAAUCUCUCUUCUCCUCUUCCUGCUCCACUCAGAGGCAGCCUGCCGCCCCCUGGGGAGGAGACCCUGCAGGAUGCAAGCCUUCAGGAUCUGGGAUAUUAAUCAGAAAACCUUCUACCUGAGGAACAACCAACUAGUCGCCGGAUACUUGCAGGGGCCAAAUAUCAAAUUAGAAGAAAAGAUAGACAUGGUGCCCAUCGACCCUCAUGCUAUGUUCUUGGGGAUCCACGGGGGGAAGUUGUGCCUGUCCUGUGUCAAGUCUGGUGAUGACAUCCGGCUCCAGUUGGAGGCAGUUAACAUCACCGACCUGAGCAGGACCAAGGAGCAGGACAAGCGCUUCUCCUUCAUCCGCUCAGACAACGGCCCCACCACCAGCUUUGAGUCUGCAGCCUGCCCGGGCUGGUUCAUCUGCACGGCGUUGGAAGCUGACCAGCCUGUCAGCCUCACCAACAGGCCCGAAGACACCCUUGUGGUCACCAAGUUCUACUUCCAGGAGGACCAGUAGUACAGGCCAGACCUGCCCUUCCACACUCCCGGGCCAUAGAUGACUCCAGGGCCUGCCUGUCCACCCCUGCCUGGGGGCUCCUGACAGCUGUGAGGUCAGAGGCGGGACCUUUUCAGGGUGGACCCUGGAAGGAGGCAUCAGAACCCCACAACAGGAUUCUGCCUGCAGCCUUUUGGUGACCCCCACCUCCAUGCUGCCUCCAGAAUGAUCAUCUCUCCAAGUGCAGAUGGGAUCCCAGCAGCCCCUGCUCCAAACCCUUCUAGGUUGCCUCUGACCUCUCUCUGGGCGAGGUGAGGUGGGGAAAUCCAGACCACCUGCCCGCUGAGCGCCCCCUGCUCUCCUCCCUCUGCUCCAUUCCCCCUGCCCCACACAUGACCCCCAUCCAUCAGGUCAGUGCCCUCCCCAGGUGGCUUCAUGACCUGUGUUACCAGCUGAGGCUGGUCCCUGGGGAAGUUUGCUGUUGUUGGUUUUGGUUUUGGUGUUGGGGAUUGGACCCGGGGUCUCCCUGUGCGAAGGCACCAGCUCUUCCACUGAGCUCCAUCCCUGGCCGUGGGAAAGUCUUUAAGGGUCUAUGGAAAGUAGAGAUUAGGGAGUUCAUGGUAAUAUUUAUUAGCCAACUGUACUCCCUAUGAAGGAAUUUGGAGGUUGGAUCCCUUCUGAGAGGGAUGGGGCAUUAGGAUGUCCUGCACCUGUGAGGUGGCGGGAAACGAGAAAGCAGGCGGCAUAUGACCUCAUUUCCCUUCCUUUUGUAAUGUCCCAAACUUUAGAAAUUAAACAUUAGUGGACUGUAUCGGAGUCCUGUUCUUGUUCUUUUUGAAACAUUCCCGUACUCUGAGCCCAUGCCUGGCCCCGAGCACCAUCUGCACUCCACGUAAGUCCCCUGCUCUGCACUGGGCAGAUGGGGCUCCCCCAGGUCCCUCCUGCUCUGCCAGGACCGAGGAGUUGCUCCUGGCCCAUUCUGGCGCUUCUGAUGCGGAGACUGGAGUGGGACUGGCUUGCCUCCGUCUGGCUCCCCCGCAGGCCGUGGGCUCCUCGGGCAGGGAACAGGACUUGUGUGUGUCUCAGGUCCCUGGGACUGAGCCUGGCCCUUGGCCAGCACACAAUGACAGGUGCUCUGUGCGUUGGGUGGAAAACUUACUCCUUGUGACUUCAGCGCUGUGUUACAAUAAAACCUCGAACAUGC